AUGACAUCGCUUAUCCAGCACAAGGUCUACUUGAUCACUAAGCAACGCUAUGUCAAUGUCAAUGUCCGCUCGGAUGCUCGCGCACGCGAUCUUGUUCUGGAGGCUAUGAACAACGGCUCUGUCGCUAAUGAUGACUCCACCCUUGGAGGAUGGGUCAUCUUUGAUGUUAGCGCAGAGUUUGGCAUCGAACGCCCAAUCCGCGAGUACGAACUCGUGUCCGAGGUCGCAGAGCAUCGCGCAAGUCAAUCGCAUGACUACUUUCUUCUGCGACGGACUGAGCUGGCGCCAUACGUCAGCUUGCGAUCGGUGCCCGAUCGAUCCCCCGCCUUGGCUGGCUACGUGUAUGUGCAGGACCGCAAGAAGAAGUGGAGCAAGCGCUGGCUUGAGCUGCGGGAUCACUCGCUGUUUCAUGCAAAAUCGGACAGUGGCAAGGAUGAAGAGCACAUCUGCACCCUGUCCAACUUCGACGUCUACCUGGUCACGAAUCCUCGAUUUAAGGGGCCAAAAGCGCAUUCGUUUGCUAUCCGCAGCCAGGAUAAGAUCACGAUGUUCGAAAAGCCAGACCAAGAUUAUCUGCACUUCUUCUGUCUGUCAGACCCGGCAGCUCAUCGAGACUGGGUCAAGAACAUACUCAAUGCUCGGACCUACAUCCUGCGCCAGGAGCGCGCGACGCUCUUCCGCGUGCUGACUGCUGCGACAGUCGCUCAAACCUUCAUCGGUGCCGACAGUGCUCACCCUGGCGUUCGACGAAGCGGCAGUCUCAAGCACGCCGUUACCACCACCACGCCCAGGCCAGACCAGACCCUCAGCAGUGCAGCCGUCUCCGUCAGCAGUGAGGGCGUGGCAGAGCCAAUCUCCGCCUUACACGCAUCCAGCAAGCCAUUGUUACUCAACGCCGAUCUGCUUUCCGGCCCUUUCGAGAAGGGCAGCUUGCUGGCGGAAGUCGCAACGCGAGGACUCAUGUCGAACAGCACCACGCGACGUCCGGCUGAAGGAGACUUUAGCAUGCAUGAACGCACACGGCAGCGCCUCGAGGAGAGUGCCAGGAAGGCUGAGCGGCAGCAAGCCCUCGCCGCCGCCAUCGCUGAGGGUCGCCCUUUACUCCAUCUGAGCCCUCGCCAGUGA